CUGUGUUUAUGUUACACAGUUAGCGGGAUCCGUCUAUUUAGAGGAAGCAUGCCAGUCAGAAGCUUUCAGACUGUAAUUGCUCUAGAAAUAACUUUGGUCCAACUAGAUUCUAGACUAUAGUAUAAAUAUUCGCAGUCUGUUGUUACGAUACCUUAAGCACAGCUGCAGAUACUUUACCAGUUUGUUAUUUCUAAACUCACAUCAAGUAGUUACUCCAGUCAUUAUACGGGUUCACAGGCUUAAUGCAGACUCUCAGUUGAGAUGGUUAAAAUAGAUUUGUCAGCAAUUUUGCCAUUGCUUUGAUUAAACAAGAUAUUCCCUUUUUUAUAUAUCCAGUGAAAGGAGAAGAUUCAACAAAAAAUAGUUUAAUUUGGCAUUGAAAAACCCCAGCCUCCCUCUGUCCUCCCUGCGCCUCCUGGUCCCCCCACUGAGGCUCCUCUCUGCAGCCAUGUGGCAGCUGGCGAAGCGGAAAGAUGUGGGGAAUUACGAGAAGCUUCAGGGGUUCGUGUUGAUGGUGACGGAGGCCGUCCCUGGGCUGAUCAACCACAGACAGAGAGCCCAGCUCGUCCUGGGUCUGAGAGCCAGGUUGAUCCUGGAGCUUUGCAAAGGCUCGGCUCGUGGUUUUGUCGAUUCUCAAGCGAUCCAGAGCCAUUUGGACCGUCUCCCAAUAACCGCUGCAGACUCAGACUACAGGGACGCAGAGGUGAGAACCACAGAGUCCACUUUCGUUGCACUCGUUCAGAGCCUGCUCAAAGACCCAGUUGAGAGAGCGUAUUUCUUCCAGGAGGUGUUCCCAGUGGAAUACGGGCCACAGUACGACGCCGCUCUGCACGUGUUGCUGUGGGAGCUGCUCUCAAAGCUGGAAAAGCUGCUUCCAGUUCCGGACUUGAAACAGACGGCGGCUUGGCUCGGCUCGGCUCCUUCUGUGGUGGAGGAAUGCGUUCAGUCGUCACCUGAAGAGCUGAGCUUAAUCCUCGAGCACUACAAAAGCUCAGGACUACUGAAAAUGCCACAUGGUCCCUCAUCCACCAUCGGGAGCUGCAUCAUGUCUGCUUUAUCCAUUCCUCCCUCGCAAAAGACGAACAUCUCCGUCGGCCUGGACUCAAUCCACAACUACGCCAACGUGCUGAACCCCGUCUCUUUUGUGGGAACGGACCAGUACAGCGUCGUCGCCGUCUACACCGAAGUCGAGGUCGCAGCGUCCGAAGUAGACGAAGAAAUGAUCGGAUCGGCCGAAGUGCAAGUUCAAACGGAUUUCUACGAAGAGGAGAUAGUGGCCGUCACCGCGGACAACGCCGGCGCCGAGGAGGCUCCCGCCUCGAGGGCGGAGGAAAGUGAAACUGUGGACGUGGCCAAAGCUCUGGAGACUCUCACCAAGACCUUUGCACUGAGGAAGGAGAGCCUUGGUCACGAUGCGCCGACAGAAAAGAGCGACGACUCGUUCCUCAGUGAUGACUUUGGGUCGGGACAUGCACCAGAUGAAGGGAAAACACACAAAGGACAUGGAACAAGUGACCAAAUGGAUGAGAAAGGAGAAAAUGUCGAAGCGGCGAAUGCGGAUCGGCAAACUGCAGGACUAGAGAGCGCUUUGAAAUCUGGUGCAGACUUGAGGGACGACGAGGAAUCCGUUUCUGUCCACGAAGAAGCGCCGGGUGUCCCCAGCGAGGACCAAACGGAACUGUCUCCCGGGUCAGCUAACGCGCCGCGAUCCACUCGUCCCAGUCGGCAAGUGACGUGCGAAGUCCAGACGUCUUCUGCGGAACGCGCUGAAGAAUCUCCAAAAAUGAGCCACGCUGACGUGUCAGUGGCCCCCUCUGUCAUCGCCAUCAAAGGAAUCAACAAAGAAGACGCGGAGGAGAUGACGUCCGUCAUCUUCACCUGCUCUCGUUGCGCCUUCCACACCUCCGAGGAGAACAGCCCUCCUCACUUCCACAUGCAAAGUGUUCGCACCGAGGUGUACAGGACUCUCUCCGGGGCCAAAUUCACGCCGUCUCCUUCCGGCACGGACGAGAUUUUCACCUCCAUCAAACUUUUCCCCAAGGGGAGCAAAACCGAGAGCGAGGCGGAACCACCCGACCCUCCAGGCGAGGCCGGCGCCGCUCAGCCCCAAAGCCGGCGGAAGGCGCUCUCGUGCGAAACGUGCGGCAAGGCGUUCACCCGCUCGUCGGACGUCCGGCGGCACCAGCUCACGCACACCGGGGAGCGGCCGUUCCGCUGCUCGCAGUGCGAUCGCACCUUCCAGCACUCGUGGGAUCUGGCCAAGCACGAGGGCAAACACCACGGCGCCGCCGUCUCCUUCUCCUGCCAGCUGUGCGGGAGCUCCUUCGCCAACCUGCGCACGCUCACCGUGCACCACAAGAAGUCCCACUCGCGGGAGAGCCAGCUCCCCCAGAUCUGCUCCAUCUGCAGCCGCAGCUUCCCGACUUCCUCCGAGCUGCUCGAGCACCGCAAGUGCCACGUCUCGGCCAAGCGCUACAUCUGCCGGCAGUGCGGCGAGGGCUUCGACUCCCUGCUGGCGCGCUCGCAGCACCGGCAGGCGCACCAGGUGAAGAGCCAGUUCAAGUGUCCGCACUGCGAGAAGACGUACACGCGGCGGUCGGACGUGAAGCGGCACCUGUCCACCCACACCGGGGAGCGGCCGUACCAGUGCGGCCAGUGCGGCAAGUGCUUCUCGCUGCGCUUCAUGUUCGCCAAGCACCUGCGGGUUCACAGCGGCGAGCGGCCCUUCCAGUGCUCGCACUGCCCCAAGAGGUUCACCCUGGUGUCCGUGCUGGCCCGACACGAGAGGAUGCACACCGGGGAGAAGCCCUUCCUCUGCUCCCAGUGCGGGAAGGGCUUUCUGUCGCAGGGGGAGCUCUCGAAACACCACAGGUCCCACGUGGACGAGCGGCCGUACCCCUGCGCCCUGUGCGACAAGCGCUUCAAGAGCAAGAAGACCCAGCAGGAGCACAUCGCCUCGCACAGCGGCGCCCGGCCGUACCCCUGCGCCUACUGCGGGAAGGGCUUCACCAAGCCGUACGCGCUGACCAGACACAACCUCAUCCACACGGGGGAGCGCCCGUUCCCCUGCGGCCACUGCGAGAAGUCGUUCCUCACCCUGGGCGAGGCUCAGCUGCACCGGCGCAUUCACACGGGCGAGCGGCCGUACCCGUGCGGCGCCUGCGAGCUCAAGUUCAAGAGCUCGUCGGAGCUGGCGCGACACCGGCGGAGCCACUCGGGCCUGAGGCCUCGCUGCGAGCGGUGCGGCAAAACGUUCGCGUCCGAGGCCAAGCUUAAGAAACACGCGGAGAAACACCGGCAGGAGGAGGCGGAGGCAGCAGAGUCGAUGGAGGCGGAGGAAUCGAACCCGUAGAGGAGCGAUGGGGGGGGGAGACCACUCUGUGUCCGCAGCAAAUAACUGUUGUCACCCUGUAAACUGUCUGUUUCUUUAUCUAUAAAGUGACAUGACGUUGUGCGUUCA